GUGGAGGCACGGAUGAGCAGGGAGCCUUUGGUGUCACCGUGUGUACCUUCAACGUGCUGGCCGAGGCCCUUGAGCCUACAGGCUGUGCCGUUUCCUUCGACGCGCGGAAAGAUGGCCUCUUGCAGGAAAUCCUGCGUUCCCAGGCGGAGAUCGUGUGCCUCCAGGAGGUGGACCAUUUUCAGGAUUUCUUCCGGCCGGUGCUCGAAGGACAUGGCUACGAGGGAUACUUCGUACCUAAGACGAAGAAGCCAAAGGGGUCUGCCAACGUGACUGAAGGUCAGGCCAUCUUCGUGCGAAGGGAUCGCCUGCACGUGGAGAGAGCGAUGUGCUGGACAAGUAUCGAUCUCGCAGAAAAGAAGUUUCAAAAGCUCCGCUCCUCCUGGAUGAAGCAGACCUACACCGGUGCUCUUCGUCUUGAGCAGGUCUUCGGUACAGCAGAGGCCCUCCAAGUGGUUCCUCAGGUGGUUCUUGGACUAUUCCUUCGGCCUAAGGGUCAGGCUGCACCCUUCCUCGUCACCAACAUGCAUUUAAAAAGCCGGGUGAAGGAGGAGCAGUUACCUGCGGGUAUGGACUACACCGCCUUCAAACACUUUCAGCUGGAGCACUUCUUGUCUGCCGCAGCGGCAGCUGCAGAGCAGUACGCCCCGGGAACCUCGGUGCUCUGCUGUGGCGACAUGAACCUCUGUUUGCUAGGAGAUCCGGGAGCUGCACAGGUGGUCGGGAAGCAGGGCUUUCAGGACACCGGUGCGACCUCUGCCGGAGGUACGGCACGCAGUCCGGUUGAUUUUAUUCUGGCCCGGUCGGCUCCUGGAACGAUCGUGGCCCAGGCAGCACUCGAGCUGCCAGCAGCCAUCGACUACACCCAACAGUUGCC